AUAGUUAGAUGUUUUGUGCACGGUCACAAAGCAUGGGCCACUGAUUAUUGGUUUGUAGUGGCUGUUGAUAAUGGACUGUCAUCCAUCAGAACGCGGUGCAAAGCCAAAAAGCAAUCGCAACAAACAACAAAGCCAACGCAUUGUACGAAAACUUCCGCCUCGUGCAACAAACGACAAGCGAAAUAAUAUUUACAUUACAAGCAAGUCAGACUUUAAGGCCCAACAAAAACGAUGCGAGGAUCUGUUGAAUGCGGGCACUAAGGAAAUCUAUUUGCAUUGCAUGGGUUAUUCGAUAACACGUGGGCUUAAUUUGGCAUUGCGACUUAUCGAUAACUCGGACGGUGCUCUAAGCUACGCAAUAAACACAUCCACUAUCAAGCUGGUGGAUGAACUGCAUCCACUUUGUGAUGAGGACGACAUAACCUACAGACAACGCAACAAUUCCGCAUUGCACAUAAAAAUCUUCAAUAACAGUCUGUUCGAUAUUGUGGUACCCAAGCUGCCAGCACAGACGAGCUGCACAGAGGUUAACAUUAAGAAGCCACAAAAGAAACAGAAAUAGAGAGAGAAUCAUGUUUAAACUG